AUGUGACGUUGCCGCGCUUUCGGAAGUGAACUGCAAUGAAGAAGGACGGUAAGAGCAGCUGUAGAUAGAUAGCUGUAAACAUUUUUUUUUACUUUCUUUCGGUGUUACUGUUAGUGUAGUCCAGUAAUAAUGUAAAGCUCAAUGAAGAGACCUAACAACAUGUAUAAUUACACAUCGUCAUAGUGACAGUGUGUUAAAGAAGAGUUCAUGUGUGUGCAGUAAGUAUCUGUCAUGUUAGCAUGGUUAUCUUCAAAUCGUUCAAUGUUUUUGUAGCUCAAACAUAUUUAGAAAACAAUGCAGAUAAACAUGAUAGUUAUAUGUUUUUUUUCACUGUUAAACUUUGUAUGUUUGCUUCAUUACAGUGAUAAGUGUAUUUGAUGAUGGGUUUUUGCAAUCCAAAAACAACUUUCUGAAUAUUAUUAACGUCGUUGCAUGCAAUAUAUUCAUAGUGCUAGCGUUUAGUUGUUACUAUCUUACAUUUGGUUUGUAGAAAGCGUGUGGGUUUCAUGUGUAUUUUAAAAUGCAUGCAGAUGUGGAGUAAAGAGCGUAACUGAAGAGUACGAAAUAUACAAGUUUAAGGAUGUGCAAUCGAAGACUAAAAUUAAUUGAGUGUGAAUUUCUUAGAGGCAUUAGGGCUGUCACAAUUAUUAAAUAAUCUCGUCACAAUUGUUUGACCUAAUCGCUAUUAUUUCAGAUAACCACAAUGAUUGUAAAUCCUUAAAACAAGGGUGAUCUGCAGCAUUUUACCUGUACUCACCGUUACGUUCAAAUGACAUUUCUUCAUCAUUUGAGUUGUAUCGUAUUUGUACUUUUUGUGUUUAAGAGAUUUAUUAAAGUGACACCAGAUUUGCUGCAUCUACACAGCAAGAGGACAUCCUCAUAUCUCAGUCUUUUCUGUUAAGGUCACUCUAGGGAAUGUUACUAGUUAUUUACAGAAUUUUUACAAUUCUUAAUGUAUCUAUAUUUUAUUUGAAUAAAUGAGCUGUAAUUAAUCUUUUAAACAGCCUCUAAACAGACAAUUAAUUGCCAAAAUCGCAAUUAUUUAAUAGAAAUCAAUCGUUAGCCAAAUUUCAUCAUUGUGACAGCCCUACUUCCCACUUGUUUUCCUAAAUUAAGAAAACAAUCAAAACUUGAAAGACCCCCGCCUGGUUUUUAUCAUAAAUAUGGUUUAAAAAAAAAACAAGGAACAAAGACUGGGUCCUUUUUAUUUUUAAUAAUUAACCCAUGAAUCGCUCUGCAAAUUACAUACUCAAAUGAUGAAUGAAGAUGCAUUAUUUCUGUAUAAUUUUAUUACAUUAAGUUACCUUUAAAAAUGAAUCGGAACACUUACUUGAGGAAAAAUGGUUUUACACUGUUUGGUACCCCCUCAAUGGUCUUGUAUACAAUAAUGUUAUAUUAGGUUUUUAUGUAUACUUUUAACUACAACAAGACUAGAACACAUAGAGUGCGUCUCAAUCAGAUCCCGAGGUGGUGAAUAUCUUGUAUACGGGUUAGGGCACUGGUAAGGAGUGGACCCUGGCUCACUUCACAUUGGUACACUGCUCACUUAUAUUCCUGUGACGUGACUGCGUGAGCGCGUUGUUAUACUUCACAGCUGGUAAUUAUCAACAACAGACAUCUCUCUGACUUAAUUUUUUUAAGUAAUGGAUGAAAUACAUAUGAGAAACUCUUUCAUAAUUUUGUUACAUAUCCGUGAACAAUUUGGUCUAAUAUUAAAGUCAACCAUUAAUUAGAUUGUGUUCCCUGCCUGUCUAGCGUGUGUUACUAGUGUGUACUAGUGUGUUUAUUAGGGAUGUAGCGAUAUAAAAAUCUUGCGGUACGGUAAUACCUUGGUGUGUUGUCUGCGAUACGAUAUUUUUGGGAGGCAAAUGAAGACUUGGAAAAAGUGCCAUAAUUGUUUAAUGAACAAUUAUUGAAUAUUGUGAUAAUGUACAAAUUAACAAUGUCAAAUCCUGUCCUCUUUUCUUUAUCCUCUAAUCAUAACUGUUGCUUUGAGGUAUGAGAUCGGUCAAAUGACUUAAAACUCCCUCUUAUAAAAUAAAAAAUUGCACCAGCUGGACCUUGACAGAGGUAACAUCUAUUGUAUUGUUUAACAUUCUCUAUGUUAAAGGUACAGUGAGGGAUGUUUUGUAUGAUCUAUUAACAGAAAUGCAAUAUAACAUACAAAACUGUGUCUUUAGAUGCGUAUAAAAACCUUACGUAAUGAAAAGUUAUGUUUUUAUUACCUUAGAAUAAACCAGUUGUAUCUACAUAGGGAGCGGGCCUAUCUACAUCGAAUUUGUUAUGUUGCGCAGCCAUGUUUUGUACAGUAAGCUCUAACGGACAAACAGCUCUACAGAGCGCGUUUCGUAUAUGUUGGUCUUCGUGUGUGUUUUUAGACGCAGCUUGAGUCAUCACUGAGUUGAAGACGCACAAAGUAGUAAGUCGUAGUACGGAGAGGAGGAGGAGGAGUAGUCGUCGUCUAGCUGAAGCAAUUGAUUGUUCUGUCUUAGAAGUUUUGAUAAAAUGGAGGACCAUGUGUAUUGUGCACAAGAGCCAACAGAGCGUGAAUCUCAGUCGUCAAAGAAGCGCAAACGUGAUGCUGCCAGACGAAUUAGAGACAAACGGCGGCAGAAAUCCAGGAUAAAAACAUCGGUGUAUCUAUUACCAGAUGGAAGGCACUGUUGAAAGACAAAUGUUUUCAAGGCGAUGCCGAAGUUGCCUGUUUUCUGCUAGACUGGUAAGAUAAUUUAACAUUUUCUAUGUUUCCACAUUUUCAAUGUUUACCAAACAACUGUUUUGUUGAAACGGUAACGUUAGCAUUUUAUACAAAUGGCCAUAACCUCCGAAUAAUAAUGUUUUUCCGUCCCUGCGGUACGUACUCCGGUUGUUCCUGACUUUACAAAGGGGGAGACAAACGUCUACUAACUUACACCUAACUGCCUAUGUCGCUGUCAGAUCAAACGCUUUGAACAGCGUUGCUAUUUACGAUUAGCUAACUUUAGUUACUUCACUACUCUCAGCGUGUACUAGAUAGCACGCAAGAAAUAUAUCUAAUUAUAGAAUUGUAACAGUAACUUUCGCAAUAGAAUACAUGUUAAAUGAUUAAUUACGUUAAUAUAUUGCCUUACCUGCUUGUAUCACUAUUAUCCGCUGUCUCAGUAGACGACAUCUUUUUUUACUGUUGCGGCCACCGUCGUAAUUCGAAAGGGAGGGGUGGGCAAAUUACUCUAUAAAACUAUAAUACAAAGCUAGUGACCGCUGAUUUUCAAGAACUGCGCCUUCAAAGGCCCGGAAGACCUAUCAUUUCACCACGAUAAUAUUGAGACAAUUUUGCUAUUGUGAUACCAUGAAAUUGAUAAUAAGGUCACAUCCCUACUAGGGCUGUCACGAUUAUGAAAUUUGGCUGAUGAUUGAUUGUCUAAUAAAUCAUUGCGUUUAUGCCGUAGGGCUGGGCGAUAUGGCAAAAAAGUUAACUCGAUAGUUUUUUUCUAUAUUGAUCGAUAACGAUAUUUAUUUCAAUAUAUAUUUAAUUAAAAAACUGUAUUUAAAAGAAUCUAUUUUAAAUACAGUUUAUUAACAAAAGUUCACCUUUAACCAGUUAAAAUUCAAUUAAAUGAAUGCACUGUUGCAACACAGAGGAUAUUAGGCCAUAAACAACAUGUACCAGUUCAUUCAGUCUUAUUUUGACUCAAUUGACUCGUUAAGUAAAGGGAGUGUUCAUUCAGUACAUUCAACCAAUGAAAGGGCUCCGUUACUGUGUACAUUCGAACGCUAUUGGCUCAGCACCUGCGCACAUACAUAACACUGCAAUAAUGUCUUGCUCGAGUAGUGGGAUUCAUUCAAUGCAUUCAGUGAACCUUAGUCUUUCAAAAAGACAUCUCAAAUAAACUGUAGUACAUUUCUUUAAUCAUGCAAGCAUCUUGCAUACAAGGUUCAAUCUUUUAAUGUGCACACAAACUCACUUCAUUACAUCUCUAAUCUGUACAGGGCAGCGCUGGUUUGUUUCAUAAGCACCAGCUCGUGUUAGCAGAUAUGUUAACGAUGGAUAUAACGUUUGUGCUUCAGUUUCGAAGUAACUCGAUUGCAAUUGCGCCUCAAAUUUGUUUUGUUUAUCCGGCGAUUAUGAAAGAAAAAUAAGACACUUGAUAAACCGCGUGAUGACAACUCGAGGUUAGUUUCACCUUUGUUUCCGCAUCCAGUAACGUUUUCCUCUUCAUGUUGAGUUUUCUUUGCCAAGUGCAGUAUGAAAUGGACUUUGUACUUUGACGCGCAUGAUAAACUGACUGUUGUUGCGUUUAUUUCUGCGUUCUGUUAGACUGUAAGAUUAAUCCAUAUCGAGUCAAAAUGCCAAUAGCUUAUCAUCGUUUUUGAAAUGCAUUCUAUAGCGAUUUGAAUUGAUAUCGUUUAUCGGCCCAGCCCUAUUAUGACGAUUAAUUGUCCGUUUUAGAGCUUUGACUUUUAAUUCUGAUUGAAUUAUUGAUUGAAACGACCAUAUUGUUCUGAAUAUAAAGACUAUGUUCUUUUUCUUGGAAAACAUAGGAAAAAAUUGGGUCACCAUACUUAAGGUUUAGGCUUUUACCUGUCAAUAAUACAACCGCCAAAUACUUGUAAAUUAAGUAAAUUGAUCAGGAGUGAAUUGAAGCCACCAUUAGAAUGAUAUCAGUGAUAGAAAAGCUUCUAGUCUGUUUUUUCUCACUUGCAAGACUACAAUAAAAGUUUACUUCUAUUUUAAUGAGAUUUUUGUAGACUGGUUUUUACACUGAAAUAAUAUUAAAUUGUACUGCAGGUUAUUUUUAUGGUACUGUAUAUGCUUUAGUUUUUUUUUAAAAGUGAUUGUGUUGUACAUGGUGGUACAUUUUACAAGUAUUACAAUGCUUUAGUUACUGUAUAUACAAUAAAAUAUGCAAUAUGCAGAUGCACUACAGCUCCCCCUAAUGUCUUCUAUAGAAAUGUGAAAUAAUUGCGAUGAACUGAAACCAUCGCGAUGAGGUCAAACAAUCGCGAUGAGACGAUUAUUUAAUAAUCGUGACAGCCCUAAUCCCUACCCUAGUGUUUAUACAUAAAUAAAAUAAACAUUUGUCUUUUCAAAAGUUCUGUCGCGUUUCAUUAAGUUUAUUGUGUUGGCUUGUGCAAUUUCGGUUAAACAGAUUAAAAAAAUGUCACGUGAUUUCCGGUAUGGGAACAUAGUGAGCAUCGAUGCUCCCUGUGGGAAUUUUUAGGGAACAAAUAUAAUCAGUGCACUGGGAGGAUUUUACAAAAUAGACGGCCCUUAAAAAUCAGUGCACUGACUACUGAACAAGGGAGCUGACUGAGACGCACCUGUAGUGUCUUCUAAAGCUGUGUCCCAAUUUGAGGGCUGCGUCCUUUGAAGGCUGCAUUUCAAGCCCCCUAGCAACAUGCCCAAAGUAGCUAAAUUAGCUAAAAACACCUGGAGACAAAUCCCAGGAUGACGACGACGGCACAUUAAGUGAAGCAUCGGCGUUGACAACAGCUUCAACAUCUACAGGUAAUUAAUUAACCUAUCUAAUUUGAGAAUUUUAACUUGUUAGAGAAAACGUCAUUUUCACUGUUUUGGUUGGUUGACGUUAACAUAGCAUGCGUGAACUAGCGUGAGCUAACACUUGAGCCAUUGGCUGCAUUGAAAUUCCGUACUCUGCAAUUUAUGUUAAAAACAGUAACGUAAACAUUAUGAGAGAUAUCCGAAUUAUACCCUAAAAAUACCCUAUUACUAGUUGCCAACUGUUUUACUGUAUACAGACACCAAAGUCAGUGGCAGUCAGCAACGGCAUAAAUUAUUGUCAAUAACUGUUCUAUAAAUAACUUAGUUUCUUUACAGUUAUUAAAGUAAACAUCCGUAAAAUAAUAGCUUGGAUAAUCUUUAAUCUAAGUGAGCAGAACAAUAGCCGGGAAAACUAGGGCCCAGGUAAAAAUAUACCAUUAUUCCUUUAAUGAAAUUGAAUUGUUGUGAGCUCCUGUCUGAGUCCUGUUAUUUACACUAUUGUCUUCAUUGACAGGUUCUGCUGUCCCACUUUCAACCUGCCCUUCUGUCACAGUGAGAGCAGCAGAGGUAACACGCUUCACUCUGGCGCAGAAGGCUUCAUCAUCAUUACCAUCAUUAUCAUUACUCCGCCCGAGUGUUCUCAACAGCGGGGGACACAGUGAGUGUGGAGGGGGCUAGGCUUUUACCUGUUAGAGUUGACAUGCUAAUCUUUCUAAAAAAAGAACUGCUAGUUAGUUUUGUUUCUUCAUAAAAUAGUUUACUGACCUUUAUGCUCCUUGUUCAUUUGUUUUUCAUUUCAUUUUAUUUAUUUAUAGACUGUGUUACGUAACAGUGUUGAUCACACUAACUAUGCCAUGGAUGUUGUAGGGCAGUGGUCACCAACCUUUUUGAGCCUAAGAUCCCUGACGUCAGAAUUGUUGAAAGGCAAGAUCUACCAUUGAAAAAGUUGAAAAUAAAAACAGCCCAGAUUGAACCUCCUGCUUGAGGCCUUUUAUUUAGUCUAUAAUUGUGGGUCUAUUUGAAUUACCUGAAAUUCUUUGUUCCACUUUUCAGAUGCAGCUAAGCAAACUCUGUAACAUGUAGAGUUGCCACUUUCAGUGUGGCAUAAUGAGGUGAAAAACACCAAUUUAAACACCAGUUCAAGGACUUUAAUUCAUACAUGACAGCUUGACAUUAAAACGAGGUUUAGAAUAAGUUUAACAAGACCCUAAUUAUUUAGGUAUUUACUGUAUAAAGAUUUGUUCUUUAUGAUGCAUUUAUUUAGUUUACUUUUAUUAAGUAAAUACAUCAUAUAGAUGGAAAUGUUAUAAAUAGGCCCUAAUAAUAACAACAACGUUAAUUAUUUAUUUUAAAUCAUUUAUCUAUUUACUUUUACCCGUCUAAUAAUGUCUUGGUAAUAAGUAUCUGUUUCAUAAAAUAGCUAAAGGUAGUAGUAUGGAAUGGGCUAUCAUAUUAGGCUAAUUGAAAACAUAAAUAGGAUAUCAGCAGGAGAUGUCAUCUCCCGCAUGAGAUAGUACUGGUGCAGUUUACCAUCACUGACAGACCCGCGGAUCAUUCACUAUUACAACUUUGUGAAUAGACCGAUGUUGUCUUUCAGACAAACUCAACAUUAAAAUGCGACGCUUUCUCACCAUAUCCCGUUGCUCACACUCGUAAGUUACAUUCGCUGAAGACAGAGAGCCGCGAUUCCAGAUACGUGGACAGUAUGAACCCGCGGCGCUUGUUUGAGCAUCCAGUGUAAAAGCACAAAAACGCCAACGAACAAGUGACAUUUUUAUGUCAUAUGAAUAAACUGUUUUUAAGCGUAAUGCACCGCAACAGAAUAGUGACCUCCAAAUGACAGUUACGCCAGUGCAUGCGCGAGUCUCAUUUUGCGUUUGAUCACUGACCACCGACAUUAGAAACACUGAAGAGCGAUCACGCGCAGUCGCGCAUCACAAUGAAAUGUGAUUAAUGAUAACGGUCGCAUUAAAAACUCACGCAGGCCAGGGAAUCAUUAUUUAUACAGCCAUGAAAAGAUUAAUGCAGAACUUAAAAACAUACAACCACUGAAUGAAGAGAAACAGAGAUGCGCUUGCAAAACUGGAAAUUGAUCAGGCACAAUAUAUUUGUCUCUCCAUUUUCGAAUUAGCCUACUUUCGGGGAUCGACAAGUAAUGUCUCAAAGAUCGACCAGUCGAUCGCGAUCGACGGGUUGGCGACCACUGUUGUAGGGGUUAUUUUUUGUAAGGAUUGUGUGGAACAUUUCUAAAUAAAUAGAAAAAUGUUGAAAAUCAGAGGUUUGGGCUUAUUAUUUUCACUGAAAGUCACUAAAGUCAGAGAGUCAAGUACCGUGAAAUGUACCCAACCCUAAUCACGCUACACUUCAGCCUCUCGUCAAAAUUCUUGUCCAAUCAAAUCCGCUUUAGAAUCCGAAGAGUCCCGCCCCCUUCACUGACAGAACUGCUGAAGUGGCGCCUCAUAUCAGCCAAUUGUUUGCAUAUUUAUUAUGUCCUACAUGGUGAAUGAUGCAUAAUGCACUAGAUGGGAGGUAAGGGGAUGAUCCAGACAGUGUAAACAUUAAAGUCUUAAUUUGGCGUUAGUGUCACGCGAGCAUCCUCCAGUUAAGAGACACUAUAGUGCAGAGCUGAUCAUAUGCACCGGUCAUAUGCCCAAAUCCGCUUUGAAAACAAAACGUAUCCGACCCGUUUCAAGUCUACACAGAAUUUCAAAUGUUAAGGUUCUAUGGAAGAGAUCAGACAGCACAGCCUUGGUGAGUAAAUGAGAAGACAAACACCAGUGUCACUCACCAAGGUAAAUAACAAGCUUUAAAUGACACAUCACUGGUAUCACUGAUCUUCCUAUUAUUUUUAAUAGACUCACACCACUGUCACUGUGGUUAUCAAGCUGUUAAAUGCAGCUUUGCCAGGCUUUGCUGUAAACAAAAUUCUAUUGGUUAUUUUAAAAGCGGGAGGGGCCACUCGAUAUGUCUCGCGCUUUCUGAAUUUUUCAGUUGAUAUUAUGUCAACACAUCAAAUAAUUCUGCGCGUUCCACGGCGAUUCAGUGCGUCUUUAAAUAUACAUUCAAAACUUUAGUUAAAUAAAAGUGUGUAAUAUGCCAGAAACUGUCCUUGUCAGUGUCUUAAUAUUAUAUAUAAUAUUGUUCACUAAUAUUAUUGAUCCAGUAUUGUGUUUUACAUAUGUACAAGGUCAGUUAAUUUGAUAUACCGUUGGGCUGGUUUAAUCGACAUAAAUGCAUUAUUUUCCCUAAAAUAAAUUAUUUUUGGCUCCGUAUUUGUUUAAAAAAGUCAGAAAUGUCUCUGCUGCGUCACGCUGCUGUCACCGGGUGACAGGAGCAGCAGGUGAUGCAACUUGGAAAUCCUCCGUAAGGAUAGACUCAUUUCAGUUCACAUUGGUGACUUCGGAUGCUGCAUCCUUUGGAAACCGCAUCUUCGCUUCCACGUCCAGGUCACAGCCUUCGAAGUGGGACACAGUUAAAGUUGACUAGUUAUCCUUUUGUUUCAGUUUGUUGACUAAUUGUUUGAUUUCCUCUCAGUUUUAGGGAUUCAGGAUGAUCUAAUAGUUCAUGAAUGUCGUCUGUCUGCAAAGACCUGGACAUGUGGAAGAACAUUGCUCUUGCAUUUGUUUCAUUUGUAAAUAAGUGACAGCUGUUCAUGUGAAAUGUGAUGCAUGCAUUUUUGAAUCUGCUGCGACCCUGAAGCUCAAAAUGGAUCUUCUCAUCUUGGUCCUAAGCAUGAGAGAUUGAACAUCGGGUAUAUGAACGAGAUGGCCGAUAUGGCUGUACAUUGGGAUACGGUAGCAGAAACCGUCCACUUUGAGCAGCCUGCUGUUUCUCUGGUCAAUUCAUCAGACGGAGAUGAUGGUCAUGUGAAGGUGUCUCCUGGGUCUGAGCGGGAAAAUGGCAGUGAACACCCUCAUGAAUACUUGGGUGACAUGGAAGCAGAAGAAAGUAAAGAACAAAAUGAAAACAAUUCCACAACUGAAGACCUCAGUGAUGACCAGGAGGAAGAUGGGAAUUUGGAAAAUCAUGCUAAAGAUAGAUUUAAGGAGAAGAAAUUGGAGAAUGAGCCGUCAAUGGACGGAGAGUCUAAAUCUCGCAAUGCUGGAGCUGGGAAAAAAGGAAAGUCCAAAAGAAGUGGAUCAGGGCAGAGUUUAUGCGACCAGACACCAUUAUUGACCUCUCCGUUCUCCAUGUCGCAUAAGUCUUUCCUCUCAUCCUCUGGGCCAAACAGACACAAGCAGGUCAGAAAACGAAACCAUUACAUGCACAAUCAUGGCCGCACACGACAGAGAAACGGACUGCAGCUUGUCGUAACAUGUCGAGAUUUUGUGGCAGAAUCCAUCAGCCCGUGGUGUAUUUCCUGCAUCCAUAUGAUUGUAGAGCUCAUCAUCUCUUUAACCCACCGCUGCGGGAUUGCUGUGGAAUCGUCAGGGAUUGCUCUGUACGAGUUUGGAGUGCACUUGUUCUGGAAGGUCACUGAUGUUCCCGGCAUGACGGAAGAUUUGAGACGAGUCCUUGACUGGAGCCGCCGUUUAACUGUAGCUUUAUUAGAGCGUGCCAGCAGGACUGCAGGUUGGGCUCACCAGUCCCUGGUCUCCGGCAUGAGGACUCUCGGUGUUGCAGUGUGCAGCACCUCUCAGAUAAUGAGCUAUGUCUUUGUAAAGCUGGCAGGGGAGAGAGGCAGAAAAUGGUGGCUUUCCCUUCAGAGCAGCAGGCUUUGGAGAAAAGUGUCUGAUGUGACCAUGAGAAUUCGCAGGCUUUGCUUUAAUGGAGGCGUCAUGAAUGAAAACUCAAAUCCAGAGUCUUCCAACAGAGGGACGGAGAAAUAUCAGCCUGAAGAAGAGCUCCAGAGACUGCUGGCCCUGGCCAAGAUCCCUGAAGAAGAGUUGGACCCAUUCAGUGUUCUGGGAGUAGAUAUUCACGCAACUGAAUCUGAGCUGAAGAGAGCUUAUAGACAGCUGGCUAUACAGAUUCAUCCAGACAAAAACAAGCAUCCGGGUGCUGACGAGGCUUUUAAGGUUUUAAGGGCAGCAUGGGACAUUGUCAGUAACCCAGAAACACGACGAGAGUAUGAACUGAAGCGGAUGGCAACCACAGAGCUUUCAAAGUCCAUGAAUGAGUUCUUGGCCAAAUUGCAGGAUGACUUGAAAGAGGCCGUGAACACCAUGAUGUGCACUAAAUGUGAGGGCAAGCACAAGCGCUUUGAGAUGGACCGUGAAGCCAGCGAAGCCCGCUUCUGUGCUGAAUGUAAGAAGUGGCACAGUGCUGAGGAGGGAGAUCUGUGGGCUGAAUCUAGAAUGCUGGGUCUGCGAAUCACAUACUUUGCUUUUAUGGAUGGCAAAGUCUUUGAUAUCACUGAGUGGGCAGGCUGUCAACGGAUAGGCAUCUCUCCAGACACACAUCGUGUGCCCUAUCAUAUCUCAUUUGGCUCCAAAGGUAGCAGCAGCGCCAGCCGGCACAGAUCCCCUCCAGAUCAUCCAGGCGGUGGUGCACCCGCAGACCUGCAAGACUUCUUUAACAGCUUCUUCCAGGGCGGAGUUCCUAAUAAUGUAUCAGCUAAUGGAGGCUUCUUCUCUGAAGGAACACCGUCUAAUCAGGGUUUCAGAGCUGCCGCUGAGACUGCAGGAAUGUUUUCAGGAUCUCCUCCACAAACAGGGUUCUUUAGCUCAACGACCCAACGGAGCGAACCCAACGAACACUGGACUGAGGGAGGAAAGCCGCCGCGUCGACGUAAGAAAGUCCGCAAGCCAUUCCAGCACUGAACGGGGCAGUGUUUGACAGCGAGCGCUGCCUGUGGACAGGUUUUUACCUAAUGCAAAAAAAGAACAAAUCUUUUGAUCUCAGAAAAGCGGUUCAGUGCUUUGUGAAGCAUCUGAUACAGACUGAAAUGGCCACGUUGAUUUUCGGCAGAGGUGCAAGAAAAAGAUCUUGCUGAUUGAAGUCACUUUUUUUUCUUUUUUUAUGUGGACAAUUGUACAGAGAUUAAAAUCACAUUCUGUCUUUCCUAAACAGAAUGUUAUUUGAUUUCGUUGAGAUUGAAAAAGUGAAUCCAUUGAGUAAUAUUCAGGAGUGUGGCAGUAUGUUUGGUGAUGCUAUAACUAUAGGACAGCGUUUCCCAAUCCUGGUCAUUUUUGACCUCACGCUAGUCUGACACACUCUUCCGAGGUCUUGGAGUCUUUAAUAAUGAGCUGAGAAGUUAGAACAUUUUGUGUAAAACAGCCAGGUAUAGAAAAUGGUACUCCAGGACCAGGAUUGGGAACCACGGUUUUAGGAUAUAGUUGAAAUCGCACGCAGACCUCAGGGAUUGCAUCUGCAUAAAUCAGAGAGCAGGACAAAGACCCAGAUUUCCCGUUCUUUCUGGGAUUUUACAUUGCUCAUGACAUCCGAGGAAUCAUUAUCCUGUUUUUGAAGCCUCCAUAAUUAUCAGAUUCACGUUAAAGCCUAUGUUUUGGUUUAUUGAAGUGGAUGUACUUAUUUUCUUUUAACAGGAUGUUGGGUGUGCAAAUAAUACAUAAGGAUUACAAGAUUUACAUGACUUGGAAUGAUGGUAUUCGUGAAUUCCCUGAAAGAAUAAUUUUGUCUGAAUGUUCAAUUUGUUUUUGUUGAUUAUAAGAGUUUAUAAAAGGAAAGUAAAAUGUUUGACAUUCAAGUUAAAGCACAACUAGCUGAUUAAUAACAUCACGUAUAAUGAAGUGAACACAUAAAUGUCUGGUUGCAUACAUUUUCAUUAAUCACCUCUGAAAACCCCAAACUGUAUCCCUUUAACAGCAAGUCCACUUUGUAACACUCAGGAACCAUCCAAACCUAAUAACUCAUGCUCCAUUUUUGAUGCUCAGUUGAAUUGGAUUAUUUUGAUUUAGACGCAGUAUAGCAUUUAAGACAGGACUGCCUUCUUUUUCUAAAGACGAAGUUGAAAGCAUAUUUACAUUUAUGCAUUUGGCAUAUGCUUUCAACUUCGUCUUUAGAAAGAGAAGGCAGUCCUGUCUCAAAUGCUAUACUGAUAUUGCUUCAUAUGUGUUUAGUGUCUUGAGCUUCAGCUCGUGAGGAAAACACGGAGUCAAAAUGCCGUAUAAUGUGGUUACUGGAUUUCAGCAGGUAAAAUUCCACAUAAUAAAAUGAACCUCUCAAUUAAGGAUUGACCCACACAAAAUUCAUAUGUCAUAUGACUGCUUCUGUUAUUUGUAACAGAAUUUUUAGGGUGAAAUUUUAAGUUUUAUCUUCAGUUUGGUUACCAAAAUAUAGCUUCAUUUCUAUUCAAAACUGAUCACAGAAGUGCAUAAAUAAAACUUGAGUCAUUACCUUUAGUUUAUGUUGGUAUUUCUGUUAAACAAAACAUUAAUGUUAAACAAAACAACAUAUCACCAUAAAUUGACUUUGUUAUUUGUGUUUCGGUUGAAAUUUACUGUAUAUGGUUUUAAUUCCAUUGGCUGUUUAAAGAAGGGGAUUUUUGAGUGCAUUCAAUAUUGUCCAUGAAUCUGACAGUGAUUCGACAGUCUUAAGUUUCUGCAGAGUGAUCAAAAUGUUUAUGUAAGAAACUGCUGAAGAUCACUCUAGAAUUAGACAAUCAUUAUAAUGUUUGCAGGACACUUGUCAACAAUUGGUCUAUUAGUACCUCUCACCAUUACCUUCAUAUAUUAAAAUUGAUGUCCCCAAACAUUGUGCCAUCGUUUAAAUCUCUUGAGCAUCUACAAGUGUGAGCGAAGGUUGUGCUUUAAAAAAAGGUUAUCCGCCAUGUUACACAUGUGAGCGGUAAACUUUAAAUGAAAACAAAUUGAAAUGAUUUAUUAAUCUUUUGUUUUGUCCAGUCCUUCAGUUUGACGUCAUUCAUUCAUUGAUUUCUGUUUAGUGACCAAAUGGCAACUCUUAUUGCUCUGAACAUUGUAAUAUUCCUGUAGCUCAAAUGGUAGGGUUAGGUAGUGGGGUUUAACUUGGGGGUGGGGGAACGUGUAACUUGAACUCCUCAUUAUUAUUAAUAAUAUAUCUAAUUUAAAUGCUUAAUAUUUCAACUAUCAUACUUUUUUUUAUUUACUUUAGUGAGGUUUAUAAGUUAAAGGGAUAGUUCGCCCUAAAAUGGAAAUUCUAUCAUUAUUUCUUCAUUUUAAAUCUGUACAAGUUUCUUUCUUCUG